GCGCACACUCCUGGAGGAAGCGGCCGAGCUUGGUGCGGCCUUGGGCUCCAGCCCGAAGGACACCCCAUCAGCAAAUAACACCACGGUGUAUUCAGGUCUCGGUGAGUUACCGAUUGGAUCUCAGCCCGCGGUUGAUCUCGAAGCUUUUAGACCCCCAGCUCCUCCUCGAUUCUCACCCGAGCACAUGGAGGAAGCCACGCACCUCGAGUUAGGAGGGUUGCGCAGGUCUGGAGGGCGGGUUAUUGCGCCGACAGUGCCGGUAGCCCCGACGCUCGAGCGGUCGAGCUCUUCGGAGGUCGCACACAGUCUCGCGUCAACGGAAUCGUCUGGCUUGUCCAGCGUUUCGAGCGUCUCAUCGGAGCCGGAAGCUUCGGAUGAGGAUCGGGGCACUCAAAUCCCCGAUCUGAUUCCAGCUGACCACCCGAUUGAGGUUAAUUCCCCGGCUGUAAUGCCGAUGGGUCCAAGCUCGAGUGACCACUCGCUUGAAGACCGUGCAUCCCACGCCUCAGAUCAUAGCGCGCACGAGGAUCGAAGCACAGGUGACACAGACCGGCAAGUCAUGAUUGACUCCGGGCCAAAGGGCAUUAAAUCCGAGGAUGCCCUUGUAAAUGGAUUUAGUGUACCUAAACGUACAGUACAUAGUCGUCCUAGAACCAGUAAUGGGAAUUUAAAUACUACUCGAAAGUAUUUUGGGGACUGGUUUGAAUUGUCAGAGUCAGACGAAGAUACGUUCGGAGACAUACCCUCGGACUGGACGCAACCCCAUGACGAGCCGUCUGAGGACACCAUUGACUUACGACCAGUGCUCUGGCGCCCUCCACAACCUCAGCGGGAGGGCGUGAAAUCUAUGGCUGUCAUUGUAGAAGUUGAGCCACAAUUCAAUGCGGACGAAUUUGAAAAUACUUCUCGAAUGUACUCACCGAGAGACAAGGGAAAGGGUGUUGACGCAAACGAGCGUAGCGCAGCAUUCCGCGAGUUCUUACGGGAUUACGAAGGCAGAAGGGACCGUCAGGCGAACCGCCCUCGGCCCAGUAGGACUUCGUCUGCGAGAAACUCACCUGCCAAUUUUUUCGGAUCGUCGUACCGCUCACGAUCACAGAUGCCGGGAGGUCGACGCUUCGGCUCAGCGUCGAUGAGAUCUGAGGGACACUCCAGCCCGCCGUCGUCAUCUAGCUCUGAGUCAUCAGACUCUGGGAAUUCCAGCAGCUCCGAGUCUGAUUCUAGCGAAUCGGAGGAUCCUGCGUCGGAUAGUUCAGAUGUUAGUUCAACAAAUAAGACAACGGCGAGGGGAUCCUCCCAUGAUAGUGAGAGCUCAGAAUCUGAGGAAUAUAGUUCAGAUAAUAGCCAGAGCAGCGUACCUGAAGAACCGCAGCGAAAGCGAGCUCAAUCGGCUAAGUCCCGUUCGAAGCGGAAGGCCAAGGAUCGGGUCAAGGCCAAGGAAGCUAAGCGAAUCAAGAGGGCGUUAUCAGGCGUUAAGAUAAAGGCUCCCUUCGUAUGGGAUGGGACACCAAACCUUGAUCGGUUUGACCAGUGGAUCUAUGAAAUAGAGAACUGGUGUGAGCUAUCUGGGCUAUCUGAUGACAGAAUCGUGAUUAAACUUAUGGUAAAUUUCAUGUCGGGGACAGCUAGCCGCUUCUUCAUGAAGCAUGUAGCUAAUCACCAGCGAGACUGGACAGUUGAGCGCAUUUUCGAAGCAUUAUUUGAUUAUUGCUUUCCGAUUGAUUAUAAGCUGAAAUUGCGAGAACGAUUGAUGGCGUCGCACCAAGGCAGCCACAACGUUCGUGACUUCGUUCGAGAUAUUCAGUCGUUAGCCUCCCGCUUUCCUGAUAUCACUGAAAGACAAAUUGUUCAGAUAUUUUGGGAAGGGGUACAUCAGUAUAUAAGGCUAAAAUGGAUCGACAAGGGGUACAGCCCAGAAGAUACCAGCUUUAAGAAGCUUGUAAAAUGGGCUAUACGAUUUGAAGCGUCCAAUGAAGCACGUCGCCGCGAAGAACGGGAGUUCCGCGGGAAACCUAAGGGCCGUGAGUGGGGCCGUUUCCAAGCACGAACCAGCGGAAACGCACCUCAUAAGCCGGCAGCGCAAGCUGAAUCAAGUAACUCGAGCAACUCGAGCAAUCGACCUUCAAGGAAUGAGAAAAAGGCAUAUAACAAUACCAACCGAGGUGACCGAAAGCCUCGCGAUCGUUCAAACAAGAUAUCGAAAGAUGAACGAGACCGUCUUCGAGCCGAAGGACGCUGCUUCUCUUGCAAGGAAGCAGGUCAUGAAAGUCGGAACUGUCCCAAACGCCACGAGGCAAAAGCGCCUAGGCUCGGAGCAGGUUCCAUCCGUUUUGCUGAGCUAGAGACCCUUGCUAAGCAGAAGCAUGAUGCGACUAUCGAG